ACCCGCCAACGACAGUACCUCGGUCUCUACCCACCCGCGACUGUAUCAGAAGCAUUCAAUUGCUCGCCAAAGCCAAGAUGUCUCUCGCCAACUCUAUCUACAGCACCCUGUUCCGCAAGAACUACACCAUGCUUGCGACAGUUUUCGCCGCCGGCUUUGCUUGGGAGAUCGGUUUCAACUCUACCAUGGACAAGAUCUGGGAUAGCAACAACCGAGGCCGCCAAUGGAAGGACAUCCGAAACAAGUACGUUGAGGGUGGCGAGGAUGAGGAGUAAAGAAACUCCGCAUUGCUCGGAUUAGAAUGGGUGUCGGAUGGGACUGCUUUGGGGGAAAAUGUAUAAAUAAAACGAGAAAUAGAACGGUUCACAGCU